AUGACCGACAAAUCUACUCAACUUAUUGCUUCAAUAGAUAUCGGUACAACUUCUUCAAGAGCAAUCCUCUUCAAUAGAAAAGGUGAAGAAGUUGCAAAGCAUCAAAUUGAAUAUUCAACUACUGCAAACACAACUGAAGAUGGUAAAACUCAUAUCUAUACCGCUGAAGGUAUAACAAUCACUGCUUCUGAAGAUUUGGAAAUUGAAUCAAAUGAUAACUCAAAUGCUGGUCCUACUCUUAGAUUCCCAAACCCAGGUUGGGUUGAAGUUAAACCUGCUCAUGUCUUGGCUAAUGGUGUUCAAUGUCUUGCUGCUUGUGUUGUCACUAUGGAGAGAUUAAACAAAGAGAGAGCAGAAAAGGGUGAAGCUCCAUAUAGAAUUACAAAUAUUGGUAUUGCAAACAUGAGAGAAACUACUAUUUUAUGGUCAAAGAAGACUGGUAAAUCUAUCAACUAUGGUAUCGUGUGGAAUGAUACUAGAACUGCUGAUAUCGUUAACAAGAUGAAGUCUACAGUGGAUGCUGCACAUUUGGAAAAAUUGAGACAAAGAUCUGGUUUACCAAUCUCAACUUAUUUCAGUGCUGCUAAAAUUAGAUGGUUAUUGGAUAAUGAUGAUGAAAUUAAAAAACUAUAUGAUCAAGGUGAUGAUUUAAUGUUUGGUACUAUUGAUACAUGGUUAAUUUAUAACUUGACCAAGGAAAAUUCAUAUGUUUCAGAUGUUACAAAUGCUUCAAGAACAAUGUUUAUGAAUAUUGAAACUUUUGAAUAUGAUGAUGAAUUAUUUAAAUUGUGGGAUAUUUCCCCUAAAAAAAUUUCAUUCCCUAAAAUUGUCUCCUCUUCAGAAUUUUACGGUUCUUUCACCGUUCCAAACUUGGCUAAAUUGGGGUAUCCAGGCGCUUUAAGUGAAGUUGCAAUUUCAAAAUUAAAACAUAUUGAAAAUGUUCCAAUUUCUGGUUGUUUAGGUGAUCAAUCUGCUUCAUUAGUUGGUCAAUUGGCUUUAAGAAAAGGUGCUGCUAAAUGUACUUAUGGUACUGGUUGUUUUCUUUUAUACAAUACUGGUGAAAAACAUUUAAUUUCAAAACAUGGUGCAUUGACAACUGUUGGAUUUUGGUUCCCAUCUUUAACCAAGGAUGAAAAUUUCCCUCAUUAUGCCCUUGAAGGUUCCAUUGCAGUUGCUGGUUCAGUUGUUCAAUGGUUGAGAGAUAAUUUGAGAUUGAUUGCAAAAGCUCAAGAUAUUGGUCCUUUAGCCUCUUUGGUGCCAAAUUCUGGUGGUGUUGUUUUCGUUCCUGCAUUUUCUGGUUUAUUUGCUCCUUAUUGGGAUCCUGAAGCUAGAGGUACUAUUUUAGGUUUGACUCAAUACACUUCAGCUUCUCAUAUUGCAAGAGCCGCUUUAGAAGGUGUUUGUUAUCAAGCUAGAGCCAUCUUGAAAGCUAUGGCUUCAGAUGCUGGUGCUGCUGAGGAUUUCUUGGAUCAAUCUGUUGGUACUUAUGAACAUGCUCCUUUAUCCUUAUUGGCUGUUGAUGGUGGUAUGUCCAAAUCUGAUGAAGUUAUGCAAAUUCAAGCUGAUAUCUUGGGUCCUUGUGUUACUGUUAGAAGAUCUCCAAAUAGUGAAGCUACUGCAUUGGGUGCUGCCAUUGCUGCUGGUGUUUCAAACCCAGAUCCAAAUAAAAGAUUAUGGACAGAUUUAACUGAUGUCGUUGAAGCUAUUGGUGGUGAAUCUGAUGAAUCUUUUGAAUCUAAGAGUGAAGAUAAAGAUAGAAGAACUCAUUGGCAACUAUGGGAAAGAGCUAUUGAAAGAGCUAAAGGUUGGAUUCCAGAGGAUUCAUGA